GUCAGUACCUAUCUUUCUGGAGCCAGCGCCUAUCUCUUGCUCUUUGCGUGUCCUUGAAGCUCCACUUGACAAUUCCCCGUCAAUCAUUUCAUCUGCACUUGAAAGCUUCCAUUGCAUGUCUGCUGCCAAUAUUUGCACCCAACAUACUCUGUCGGCUCUUCCCAUUGCGCAUUGCAGACCAGCCAUUUUAUAACCACUGACAGGCGCAGAGGUCUCGGCCACUCCCUAGUCUGGGGUCGCCGUGGCCGUCUGCAACCAGUGCCCGAGACGCUCGUAUCCGUCCUUGUAGUAACAGUUCUGUAUCGGUAACAAACCCCCCAGACAAACCAGACGACCACCCACCUCACACGAUGACGGGACGCUUGGUUCAGGUUGGUGGAGGCAAGAAAUGGAGUUCCGUGUGUUCGUUCGCUAAAACGACGACAUCGACGUGCGGUGCGGGACCCCAAAAACUCCAAUUUACCCCCUCCAAUCUGGCAGAAUCGGGGUGCGCUGGAGCCAAUUAUGUCAUAGCAGCCCCUUCUCCCCCAACUUCAGCCCAUCGGACAGCAUCUGAAUUGGCGUCAUGCUGUCUUUUUGUACAAGUCUUGCUUGGGCUAAGCGAGCCCCAACAAACCCAGCUUCGCUCACAAACGACGUACGAUGCACACGUUAGUGCUGAACGCCAGGGGAUGUUGAUAAGGCACGUUGGAGAUCGCCAUCACCGUCGCUGUCGCCGUCGCCUCGCUUCGUGUUCAGCGCAAUGGAUCCAAAAGUUUGCGGCUUUCUGUUCCACUGUUCCGUUCCACGCGCAGCCCCCAUGCAGUAGCGGCGGUCCACUCCUGGGGAUGGUAACUAAAAAAGCUGCCGAUAGUUUCUGCAGGGCAAAGCGUCGUUCAACUACAGCGCGGCCCGGUGUCUGUCAGCUUGACACGUGUGUUGAGAUGUCCAGAGUUGCCAGAGUCACGGCAGCAUCCAUGUAUCCGAGCACAACGGUCGUGGAUAAAUCUCUCUUCCAAAAGCAUCUCUCUUCAAGGGGACGGCGAUAAGGGUCAGAAGCAGUGAGAGGCUAUCACCAAGAGCGAGCGAGCGUGGAGUUAUUGUAGGUUGCGCAGCAGCGGGCCGCCUGCGCUGAAUGGCUGUCUUGGGCGGUUGGAAUCCACCCGCGCGAACAAGCUGACAAACCAGGCACAGAGUCACUGCAUUUCAAGAGAUCUGCAGGAAAUGGGCA